AUGCCACCCCUCCCACCAUCUCCCCUGAAACUCUCUCACCGCCGCCCCUCCGACUUCGACGACUCCCCAAUCUCUCCUGGGACAGGAGGAGUCAAUGGCUUUGCUCUUCAAAGCCCUCUUUCGCCUCGAACCCCGCGCUUGUCUGCCCCACCAUCUCCCGUCACCUCCCGCCGGGGUACCAGUGCUAUGAACGGGUCUCACCGAGAGUCCGUGGAUUUCCCCGCCGAAACGAACGGCGGUGGUUUAGGCAAUCUUGCUGAUGAAUUGGCCGACGCGUGGGAAGAGGAUGAAGACGGAUAUGGCUAUGUAUCGGGCCAAGAGAUGGGAGCCACGGGGUCUCAGCAGAUGGAGCAGAGUGAUGAAGAGGAUGGGUACAUGCAACCCACUCGCGAUAUGCGCGUCCAUUCUCCAUCAGUCGACUCACCAGAUCGCAGGAAUCGACUCCGUGCCACCCAGCUUCGGCAGCAUCGGCGACAGGAAUCCCACUACGAUGGAUCAGAUUACGGAAAUGACUCGGAUCUCGACGAGGCAGCGGACAUUCCCCCCUCACUAGAGAUGCAAAUGGCUGAUAUCGAGAGCCUAGCGCGCCGAGGCAUUGAGAACAAUGGAAGUGAGAGUGACCACGUCGUUCAACGAACGGUGGAGGCGCUCCGAGAUCUUGGUGGACAGAGUGGCAUUGAAAACGGUGCCAUGCGAUUAAUCACCGCUCAUUCCUCCAUCACAUCCCACCUUACUCACCAAACACGCACUCUUCAAUCUCUGAUCCAUCCACUCCUCUUCUCGCCAUUUCCACUUCUUUCUGAAGACGCCAUUGACUCACUCAUGCCUCUAAUCGAUGAAGGCCUCCUCCCAAAUCUCCCAUAUCCACUCCCCGAGCAGCCCCGCCGAGGCUCUCGGCCCUCGACUCCAUCACAGCAAAAUAACCAAAACCCCCUCGUCUCUCUACAGGCUCUCGUCACACAAACGGCCGACAUUACCGCCUCUCUUCGCAGCCUGGGCGAUACCCUAUAUGAGUCCCGCCAGCUAACAUCCACGGCAUCUCGACGCCUCCGGUCCGCGCGUGAACUCGUUGCGGACCUUCGGCGCGAAGAAGAAAGCCGUGAGGAAGGCUCACGAUGGAUUGAGCGCGGUGAGUGGGACCGUCGACUUAAAGGUCGCGAGGCAGGCCAGGAGUGCAGGGACGUCGUCAGCGGCUUUGAGACUGUCUGUGGUGAAUGGCGCGAGAAGUUAUUCGGGCCUGGUGCCGAAGUGGCCGCUGCGUAG